AGCAAAGUGCCAAUGUUGAGCUGCGAACCCGAAAAAACAACAACGUCACAGCAACGCAUCGCCCCCCUCCGCGAAAAGCCCUGCGCUGCCCAAUUGACAUUGACCACGCCCAGAUACACGGCAGCAGGCUACGUACGAUUGAUAGACGCGCAACGAACGAGGGACGACCAAUUGAGCCGAAUUUGAACCAUUAUCAUUCACACCACCAUUACAAUGUCGGCAAAGUACGCCUUUACGCAGAGCCUCAAGGAGGUCCGCUUCCUCUUCUGCCAGACCGCCGAUCACAGCGCAGGAGUCAGGUCGUUCCUCAUGAGGGCAUACCCGACCAUGAAGAAGAACAACCCGACCACGCCCAUCCUGAUACGCGAGGCUGCCGGCACUAUCCCCAAGGUCUACGCGAGGUACGACCUCGGUGUUGAGAAGAGCCAGUCAUUAGAAGGACUUUCGGAUAAGCAAAUCGAGGAGGCAGUUACGGGGCUUGUCAAGCAGGGACAGUAAGCAAAAGAGGGACAGCUGUAGAGAUGGGCCUAAGAUCAAACCAUCAACUAGAGAAAGGGGAAGGCGAUGAGGGUAGUCCGCAACUGGAGAAGGACUGCCCGCUUUGUACAUACAACCUGCGACUGCAUACCGAAGCUCCGGGCUUUGGUACUUUGGGUGGAAAAUCUUAGAAUGGGGGAGGCCUGUUACUCACCUGUAUAAAACGAGGCAUUGUUUUUUUUUUUUAUGGCUCUUUGCUUUGUCGGCUGUGGGACUACGGUUGAAAGUAAAGAGUGACGUUCAUGAGAUGAAUCCUUGGGCUCUGCAUAAGUCUUAUUCAAGUGGUUGGUAUCAACUUCUGAUGAAUAAAAGGGGAAGAUCAAGAAAAG